AUGUCUGCGGAAUUUGCUGCUCUUUGUCACACGAACACAUUGGUGUUGGUGCCUCGGCCUCCUGGUGUUAAUGUUGUGAGCUGCAAGUGGAUCUUUAAGACCAAGCAUCGUCCGGAUGGUUCGGUUGACAAGCACAAAGCUCGCCUUGUUGCUCGUGGUUUUACUCAACAGCAAGGGAUCAACUAUGGAGAUACUUUCAGCCCCGUGGUGAAGCCUGCCACGGUUCGUCUGGUCCUCUCUCUCGCCUUCUCCCGCGGGUGGAGUCUUCGACAGAUUGAUCGGUCCAUCUACGGGCUCAAACAAUAUAUAUACAUGCUGGUGUAUGCUGAUGAUAUUGUGAUUGCUGGUUCUACACCUACUGGGGUGGAUCGCCUUGUGCAGUCCUUGUAUGCGAGUUUUCCCAUCAAAGACUUGGGCCGGUUGGAGUACUUCCUUGGUUUGGAAGCGUCCUUUCAUUCAGGGGGCAUGGCAUUGACGCAGAAGAAGUAUGCACUUGAUCUCCUUCAUCGCGUCAACAUGGAGAACUGCAAGUCCACUUCCACUCCACUUGCUACAUCCGAGAGCCUUUCGCGUCACAGUGGUGCAUUGCUGAGUACUGGCGACUCUUUCAGGUAUCGCAGUGUAGUUGGAGCACUUCAGUAUCUGACACUCACUCGUCCAGAUAUCUCCUUUGCCGUGAACAAAGUGUGCCAGUUCCUGUCUCAGCCUACGGAGGUUCAUUGGGAAGCAGUUAAGAGUAUUCUGAGGUAUGUCAAAGGUACGCUAGACAUGGGACUACGGAUUCGUAAGUCCAGAUUUACUGGAGUCAGUAUAUUCACCGAUGCAGACUGGGCAGGCUGUGUUGAUGACAGGCGUUCUACUGGUGGCUUUGCUAUAUUUGUUGGACCCAAUCUUAUAUCUUGGAGUUCCAAGAAGCAGCCUACAGUCUCGAGGUCUAGCACCGAGGCAGAGUAUAAGGCGUUGGCCAAUGGCGCGGCUGAAGCCAUUUGGAUAGACACAGUUCUCACAGAACUUGGAGUCACACGGCAGCGCACACCCAUAUUGUGGUGUGAUAACUUAGGGGCAACUUACCUGACGGCGAAUCCAGGGUUUCAUGUUCGGACCAAACACAUUGAGAUUGAUUUCCAUUUUGUGAGGGAACGAGUAGCUAUUGGUAAACUGGAAGUCAGGUUUAUCUCAACUGAUGAUCAGCUAGCGGAUGUAUUUACUAAACCCGCUACUCGACAGAUGCUAGACCGUUUCAGAACCAAUCUGAAUCUUGUAUGUAGUUCAGAUUGA